UCCCACUGGAGCUGGGUGUGUUGGGUGGGUGCCGCCCUCUGUAGGCCCCACUUUCCCAGGAGAGUGCUUGCUACGCAGACUGCUGUCUGUGUACAUUAGCUCUUAGGAUUAGGAGUCUGCCCAGCCACCCCACCUCCAGCACCCCCACCAGAACCAUCUUCUGAAACCUCUGAGGUUAGGGAAUAAUCUGUCAGCCCACCGAGAGAAGCACUGAAGUUUGCACGUCAUCACUGAUGCCAGCUGUUGGUUGCAUAGGCCGCCUCUCUGGCAGUUCCCAGAGAUGGCAACUGACCUCUUACUCCCUAGUCCUCUCCUGGCACAAAACUGUUAGCCUGCAGCUAUCUAGAAACUAACACCCGGAUUAAAAUGCGUGUGUGCUUUUGGAAUCUUAGGACCAAAACUAUGCACUUGGGCACAGAAGGCAGAGACCGGCUGCCCUGACAAGCCUGGGAGUGCCCUCUGGGCUGGAGGCCUGUCCCAGGCCGUCUUUGGAGGCCAUGGACAGUAUGUGGUUGUGGGGUUGUUCUGGAGGUGCUGGUGGAAGUCUUGGAGCCUAAACGACCACCAUGCUCUGUAAGAAAUGUUUCUGCCACCUAUCAAGUUUCCUUGUCCGCCCUGAGUCCACAGCCAUCCAGUUCCCGAGUGCAGCCAGUGGGGGGUGGUGGUUGAUGCGUCCUGCUAGGCUGUGGGCACAGGGCAUACUGAGUUUAUCCACGUUUGCCUAUGUUCCGAGCUAAUCUAGGACUGUAACCAUCACACAACCUGGUGAUGGACUCAGGUUUGCCCAGAAAAGCGUAUCUGAUGGAAAGGUAUUUUUUGGAGGUGUGAGCAAUUGAUAAUCCUCCUUGAGAACUGCAGGGCCUGUUCCAGUGUGUGAAACUUUGAUGUGGUGCUUUGUAAUUGUUGAAUUGUUAGUUUAUUCAACACACAUUUGGAAUUUAAGUUGAUGGUAAAGAUUUCUUACUCAUUCCGAAUUAGAGCUGUGAUGACAAAAUACUGCCUUGCUUGCAAUAAUCAUUCAUUAAAACAACUGAUGGCUAAUAUUUCUUAUGUAAUUAUAUGGCAGCGACUGCUCUGUUAGGUAGAUAGCAAGUUUCGUUUUUAAUUUUUAAAACUUUAAGGACUGGUAUUAUGGUAAGUGAAAGCGAAGUGGCUUACAGGCCUGGGGACGUGGCCCAGUGGCCAGGGUGCCAGAGACCCCGGGUUUCAUCCCCAGCACCGCAAAACAAAAACAAAACACCAAGUGACUGGCUGGAAUCACCCUCGCCGCCCCGCCCCUGUCCCAGACAGCCCUCUUUGUGAGUCCAGAAUGUGGCACUGCCAGAUUGACCCGUGAUUUCUUUCCCACCAUCUUAAAAAGAUUUUCUCUCCAACAUACAAGGGCUCCGCCGAUGACUUAGGAACCAUCCGCCUCCCCUUGGCGCCCGCUCCCCGCUUCUGAUGGACUAAGCGCGACCUCCGGCCACGGGAGGGCCAGCCGGGCGCCAGCUCCCGCCCUCCUGGCGGCCGGGCACUUUGUCUCUUGCAUUCAACAGCCGGAGCCACCAGCCCGGCGCGGCGCGGGACCUGGCAGGCCCGUCCUUUACGAGCGCUCGGGGCUCCUCCUCCGGCCGCCCGGCCCGCGCGCCUCCGCGGUGUGGACCCGGCGGCGCCCGCAGGCUCCAGCCUCAGAGCACCGGGCUAAGGGGAGCCCCGGCCGCAGGCGGGAAGGGGUGGGAGGCUCCUGCGCGGGAAGCCCCAGGGCUUGGGCGCAGGGAUGUGAGGAAGCCGGCGAUGCUGCGGCUGGACGCAGGGGACCCAUGAUCCGCCCGCUCCGCAGCACCAUGCCUUUCCCGCCGAUGCCGCCGCCGCCCCCCGCCCCAGCCUCCGGGAUCCCCGCCGCGCGCCCACUGCCCGGGAAGCUCUGCGCGCCGCCCUCGUCCUCACCGCCCGCCGCCGCCGCGGGGGAGAAGAAGAGGAGGCCCCCCGAGAGGCCCGAGGUGCUCCUCUCCAGCUCCUGGCCCUCGGCCACCCUGAAGAGGCCGCCCGCCCGGCGCGGCCCCGGCCCUGGCCCCGGCAGGACACAGCCGCCGACCCCUGCGCGCGCCCCUCUCCAGGCCUCGCCCGGCCGCGCGGGGAACGCGGCCACCAGCGCCACGCCCCGGCUCGCUGGCUCGGGCGCGGCGGGGACCACCUUAACCGGGGCGGGGGCCGGGCCCGACGACGGCAUGCGCUUUUCCUUGAGCCUCACCCCCGAGGCCAUCCUGGUCAUCCAGAGGCGCCACCUGGAGAAGCAGCUGCUGGCGCGGCCCCGAAGACCCUUCCCCUCGCCCCCCGCCGACCCCAGGCGCCCGCCCGCACCGGGCCCCCGGGCCAGGGCCACCGGUCUGCGGAGGGGCGGCGCCACCAGCGGUCCUGAGGCGCCCCUGGCCACAGGCCCUGGGCUCCGAACGCCGCCCCGCGUCCAGCUGUUGCCUGGCGGCCUACAAACCCCAGUGCCCGGUCCGCGACCCGCCGACCUGCGCCCGGUGCUCAAGGUGUCGCUGCUCAACGAGCGGCACAAGUACGACGACGUGGAGUACGAGGAGGAGACUGAGGUGGUGGACGAGGGACUGGUACGCAAGUGCACCGAGUGGCUGCGUGGCGUGGAGUCGGCGGCUGCUGCGCGGGACCGCACAGGGCGCCUGGACACGCUGCCGCACCUGAGCACACUGUGAGCCGGCAGGGCCUGGUGCUGCAGGACCUGGCG